AUGCGCGAGGAGGAGGCGACGCAGGAGAGGAGGAAGACGACGAAUACUGCGCGCGUUGAGAAGAAGCACGAAAGAAUCAUCUCGAAAGGCGAAGAGAGCGAGAACGACGACGAUGAUUCAGAGGACGACGACUUUGACGGGAAAGACGACGACGAAGAGAAAGACGAAAAAGCGUUGAAUGCUACUCAUAACGAGAGAAAGAUGGUGAAGAACAACAACGACGAGGACGACACUCCCGUUUAUUCCGCCGAUGCCGCCGCCGCGGAUGCGCUCGCGACGACGACGAAUGAGACGACGGUUGAGAAGAACGAAACGAACGGCGACGACGACGACGCGACGACGAAUGAGACGACGAAAAGGAGGAGUCUUCGAAACGACGCCUACGCGCGAAAAAAAGAGCGCCUUCGUCAAAAUCGAUUCGGCGUUCCAGCGACGGCGCUCGUGACGUCUGUGGUGCACAAACUCCGCGAAGCGUCUCGAGCGUUGAUCGACCACUUGAGCAAAGGAAGAGACGAGGCGGAACGGAUAUUCGAGAAGAUUGGAAGUAGCGCGGAGGAAACGAAGUGCGCCGCGCACGAGAUUGAGAACGCGAGCAAAGAGAUCGACGACCUGUUGCACGCGCUCGUAGACGCGGGAGUGCGUGCAAAGGAGGAGGAGAAGGAGAAGAAGAAGAAGAAGAAGAACAUCAUUGGCGGCGGCGGCGGCGCGUAA